AUAUCCCUUAUCUUUCAGAGAUAUUUUACCAAUGACUCUUUCUAUGAGCCUGGUGGUCCUGUCUUCCUUAUGAUUGGUGGAGAAGGACCAGCUGACCCUAUAUGGAUGGUGGAGCCUUACUGGGUCACCUACGCCCAAGGUCUAAAUGCCUAUAUGUUGUUCCUUGAGCACCGAUACUAUGGCAUGAGUCAUCCUACUGAGGAUGCUUCGGUAGACAACCUGGCUUAUCUUAGCACUGAACAAGCUCUAGGAGACUUGGCAAAUUUUGUUGUGAGCAUGAAGGAAAGUCUUGGUUUUGAGGGCAAUAAGUGGAUAGCUUUUGGUGGAUCAUAUCCAGGAGCGCUGGCUGUAUGGUUCCGUCUCAAGUAUCCGCACCUGGUACAUGGGAGUGUUGCUACAAGUGCUCCUGUUGAGGCGGUGAUUAACUUCAAGGAGUACCUGGAGGUGGUCCGCGACUCUCUGGCCACUGUGAGUGAAGACUGUAACACACAGAUAAAAGAAGCUCACCAGCAGCUGGACCUGUUGCUGCUGGACCAGACAGGCUGGGACACCAUCACCACAGAGUUCAGAUUGUGUUCACGUUUGGAUGGGAAGACCGCCGACGAUGUUUCUAAUUUGUUCUCCUACCUUGCGGCCAACGUGGAGUAUGUGGUGCAGUACAACAAGGACAACCGAGCCUUUGAGGGCGUGAAGGGGACUAACAUCACUGUGGAUACAAUAUGUGACAUUAUGAUGAACGGGGAAGGUGAUCCUAUAGACAGAUAUGCAGAAGCCAACUCUUUGAUUUUAGAUGAAUAUGGAGAGUUGUGUUUAGAUCACACUUAUGACGCCAUGAUAAAACAACUUCAAGUUACUAGCUGGGGAGAUGACGAAGCAAUGGCAGGUCGUCUCUGGGUGUAUCAGACGUGCACGGAGUACGGGUACUAUCAGAGUUCAGACUCACCAAACCAGCCAUUUGGAGACAAGUUUCCCGUCGAGUUCUUCAUCAAACAAUGUGCGGAUAUUUAUGGCCCCAAGUUCGACUUAAGUCUCCUAGAGGCAGGUGUCAAGAGAACAAACACAAUCUUCGGUGGACGUGACCUGAAUGUGACAAGAGUCGUCUUUCCUAACGGCUCUAUCGACCCCUGGCACGCCCUGGGCAUUACUUCCGACCUCAACCCUGAUGCCCCAGCCAUUUAUAUUAAUGGGACGGCUCACUGUGCGAACAUGUACCCCGCCACCUCUGAGGACCCCCUACAGCUGAUGGCGGCGAGGGAGGAGGUGUACCAGCUCAUUACUAAGUGGCUGCAAGAGUAAUUAUCAGUCACCUCCCCAGACAAUGAUGUAGGAAUAAACAUUAUAUCUCGCCAAAUGAAACUUCUGAAAGAAAAAUAAAUUUCUAAUGCAUGAAA